AUGUGUUCAAUACAAAGAUGUACACUUUUUUGGGUUUGGUUAGAAAACACACAUAUUUACCGGGACAAAAAGCUACAGACUGAAGAUCAACGAAAAAGUAAGUCCUUCAUCUUCCUUUUUUUCACUUGCUCUCGUACUGUAUUACGGUAUAAUGGUUGCGAGUAACACGUGGUAUGUUUAUGCAUAUAUAGCGCGGCAACCAUGUUGCGCAUGAUAUGAAAUUUGAUCAAAAUUUAGUUUAUUAUUUUAAUAGACACAUCAUAUUAACAAUAUUUUGAAAAGUUUGUUUAUUCAAGAUAGGAAUUCUUGAUAAUGAGUAUACUAUUAACUAUAAAAUGAAUGUAAGAUUAAAAAAUUUUUUUUAUAAGUAUUUUAAUGCGUUGUCACAUUUCUUUUUAUAAACAAUAAUUGUGAGAAUCAUGAUAAAAAGAAAUAAGGAAAAAACGUUUAAUUAUACGAGUACGAUGUAAAAUGGUUAAACCACGUGAUGUGUAGCUCUAAAGUAAAAGAGACAAUGUUUCGGAAGAUACAUGAUAUAUAUACAUAAUUUGUAGUCGUAUCAGUUUGUUUGCAUUAUAAAUUGGAACGAAACAUUUGAAUAACGGUUUUCUAUGCGAUGCCAGGAAUGUAAAGUGAUGUAAUACUGCAUGUAAUGUAUGCCUAUAUUUGUCGAUCACUAUACAAUCAUGUAAGAUUUUUACUGAAGGAUAAUAACGAUUUAUUCUUACAAGAUCUUUUGAUCUCGGUAUUCUAAACGUCACAAAAUUGUUUAUUUUGCAAUUAUUCUCCAAGAAAUUGAUUAUUUUACAAAUAAUCGGAUGGAAUUACUUUCCCAAUUUCGCCAAAGAUUUUUUUAUAUCUCCGAUAUUUAUCGCAAAGUAAUAAACUGUACUAUUUUUUUAUCAAUAAUUUACAUAGAUAUAGCAAUCUAUAUAAUGAUAAAUUUUGUAGAAUGUAUAUUUUACACUUAGAAAUAAUAGUUGCUGAUUUGAUUCGUCAGUCGGAAAAUGAGCCCUUUUAAUAUUUUUACCAGUAACCAAUUGGGAACGUUUGAUGCUGCCACGUUGCCAAAUAUCCGGUUGUGUCCGACCAAUCGGAGAUUCAGCGCCUAGUUGGAGCGGCAUCUCUCCGUGGCUUCUCAUGCACUGUACAUUACGUGAAGUACCUAAUUACAAUUUAAUGCUCGUCGAUCACGGGUGUAACAAUUAUUUUUGUGGAUGGCUCACCUACGUUGCAGAAUUUUGUGAUUACAGUAUGGUAAGUCCGCCCUCCUAUCAGACUAACGCCAACAUGGCGGACGAAAAAUUUCCUUUGUAUUGCCGCGAGGCUCCACUGACGCAAUUGUGAAAAAUGUAUUUUUUUGAGGAGCGAUAUAUUUGGAAGGAUCGGGAAAGCUGUUUUUACUUUCAAAAAGCCUAACUAACGUAUUAGCGUGACGAUUAUCGUUACUGUAUUAAGAUAAAUUGACGUUUUUUUUUAUUAAAAAGACUUGAACGCCCUGAGUGCUUGAUAUAUUGGACGUUUGUGUAUUCGUUGCAAUCUUUUGAUAUUCCAAAUGACAUCGUUCAUUUCGCUGUUCAGUUGAUUGUAGAUAUGUUCCUGUUGUUCAUAAUGCCAUAUUUUUGAGGAUAUUUUUUCUCCUGCGCAAUACGCAUGUUUUACAAAUUCCAAUGUGGUGUAUCAGUUGGAUCAACAGAGAAAUUUUGAUUUCGGCGCUUUUUUCACAAAUCAAUUAACGUUCUCAUUUUAAUUCAUUGGGAUCAUCUUAUUUGGAACAAGCUUGAAAUGUACAAAUUCAAUCGGAAAUUAAAUGAUAAAUUGCUUAUACAUCUUUUAAAUAAUUGAAAAAUAAACUGUUAUUAGUAAUCUGUGAAGCUUUAGUUUGUUGUUUCUUAUACAUGUUUUUCUUCAAUUAUCGAUUUUGUAUGUUUACUUUUUUAUACGAAAUAGAUUUACUACGCAAUUAUUAAAGAAAAGUUUUUUUAAAUAUACAUUUGCACAAUUUCGAAUUAUUUAAAAAAGUUUUAAUUAUCUUUGUUUAUUUUUAUUUUCCCUAUUCGUUUGCUUUAAUUUAACCUGAAUACAAACGUAUAGAUUUUAAAAAAGAUUUUCUUGAUAUAUGUAAAAUACAAAAAUUAUUUUUAUUAUAAACUAAAUAAAUAAUUAUAAAUUAUUUAAAUUUAUAUUUUUGGCAUUUUUAUAGAUAAUAAUAUGUACAGAAUUAAAAUAAUAAUGUAAUUUAAUUUCAAAUUAAAAUAGUAAUGUAAUAUUUAUUGAUAAAAUAUAAUAUAUAUUUAUAUUUAUUAGAAAAGAAGUAUAUGUUUAGUUUUCAGUAUUUUUUUUAUAAAUAUGACUAUUUUAUAUGUACGCAUUAAUUUAAUAUUUUUUUUUUAUAAGUAAUGUUAUUUAUUUUACUUUUAUUUUACUUUUUCCCUAAUAUCAUAGAUGAUUGA